AGGUGCGUGUACAUGCGUAGUGGUGGUAAUGGAGUAGAGUGGUCUACUCACAGGGGCUUAAGUUAGCAAGCUGGUAUUUCUCUGUUAUGUUGCCAGCCGCUGUUUGGAUUGACUUCGAGUUAUUUGCAACUGGAGCUCGAACCCGGAGCAGGUGGAGCCACCUCUGAAAUUGAGAAUGAUGUCAGACAUGGUUUCCCAAAAUCAUGGUUCCAAGGGGAUCAUGACGUUUUACCCCACUGCUGAGGAAUUCAAGAAUUUCAGCCGCUACAUUGCAUAUAUAGAGUCCAAGGGCGCCCACAGAGCAGGCCUGGCUAAAAUUGUGCCACCAAAGGAGUGGAAGCCUCGAGGAUCUUAUGAUGACAUAGACGACUUGGUGAUACCGGCCCCCAUUCAGCAGGUGGUGACCGGCCAGUCGGGCCUUUUCACUCAGUACAACAUACAGAAGAGACCCAUGACUGUCAAAGAGUUUCGCAAGAUUGCCAACAGUGACAAGUUCUGUAGUCCACAUUAUGAUGAUUUUGAGGAACUGGAAAGGAAAUAUUGGAAGAACGUAACAUUUAACCCCCCCAUAUAUGGUGCAGAUGUGAAUGGAAGCUUGUAUGAUCCGGAUAUCAAAGAGUGGAAUAUUUGCAACUUGGGCACCAUUUUGGACACUGUGGAAAGUGACAGCGGCAUCACUAUUGAGGGCGUUAAUACGCCCUACUUGUACUUCGGUAUGUGGAAGACCACCUUCGCAUGGCACACAGAGGACAUGGACCUCUACAGCAUCAAUUACUUACACUUUGGAGAGCCCAAGUCCUGGUACUGUGUUUCCCCAGAGCAUGGAAAAAGACUGGAGCGUCUGGCUAAAGGGUUUUUUCCUGGCAGUUCUCAGAAUUGUGAGGCUUUUUUACGCCAUAAGAUGACUCUCAUCUCUCCGUCAAUACUGAAAAAGUAUGGCAUUCCCUUUGAAAAGAUAACCCAGGAGGCGGGCGAGUUCAUGAUCACGUUCCCUUAUGCCUACCAUGCUGGUUUCAACCACGGUUUCAACUGCGCAGAAUCCACCAACUUCGCUACGGAGAGAUGGAUCGAGUAUGGCAAGCAGGCGGUCUUGUGCUCAUGUCGUAAAGACAUGGUGAAGAUUUCCAUGGAUGUAUUCGUCAGGAAGUUCCAGCCCGAUCGCUACGAGCAGUGGCUGGCAGGGCGAGAUGUGGUACUCAUAGACCACUCGCGUCCCACCCCAGAGGCGAGGGAGUUUUUGGGCGAGUCCUUUAACGAGAUCAACAGCAGUAACUGCAGCUCCACUGAAAGCUGUGGGGAGGACGGCUGCGAGCGGAGGAGCACACAAAGAAUAGAGACAAAAAGGCACCGAGUGUGUCUGGAGGUGCCCAAUGAGGUUGUUCCAAAGGAUGAGGAUGAAGAGCAGUACGGGAAGCGUCCCAGAAUAAGUCUUAUACCCCCUCGAGCUGCUGUCCAAGAAGGCAGGAGAAGUAAAGGCCCACCAAAGUUGGUUGUCACCCCGACCAAACUUACUUUAAUGGAUCCACUUCACAGGGGUUUAACCCAGAGCAGCAGCGACGGGGCUCGUCCUCCCCAUUACACCAAGACUCGUGCCCCUGCCAUCUCGUCUCAGUCCAGUCCAAGAAAUGGACAUUUAUCGGUUUCAGUGGCGUCGACGUGGACAGACAACACAACUCAACCUGUCCGUAAAAUGGGGGUGGCCAGCCUGCUCUUCCACCGGACUCUGAGCCCUAAAGAUGCUCUUCAGGUGCACAGCUACACGCUGGAGAAGCAGCGGCAGCCUCACACACAACUGCAGGUGCACAGCUACGCCAAGGAGCACCAACCUCGUCACCUCCAGCUCAAAACCUGCACCAACACCAAGGUUCUUUCCUGUGGCCAGCCACAACCAUCUGACGUCCACCUUACCCAAGUAAUGCCUCCUCAGUCAGAUGCACAGAAUCCUGAGCUCGACAUCCACAACGAGGACAAAGCUAAAAUGCUGAUGGCUGUCCAGGUUCCAGCUGAAGUCGACCCUAUCAGCAUGGCCGCCCCCGUCGAGGCUCAAACACACCUUCAAGAUGGCAACAAAACGGAGAUGGAUUCACCUAAAAGCAGCAAGCGCAAGAGUAACCAAAGUCCACUGGAGGAUAAUAGCAUGGGCAUCCUGAAAGACACCAUUCCUGUCAGGGAACCAGAGCACGCUGAAAGAAAGGAGAUUCCUCAGAAUUAUCACCAGGGGUCAGAAGAGCCGUCGCAUUGCAAGUCAGUGGCCAGGAGACAGGAGCAGGAAGUACAGCUGUCCAAGCUUCCUUGUCAUCAUCCUCUGUUCAGUAAUGAUGAUAUGUAUGUACACAUGGAGGUGGAGGAAGAAGAGAAGGAGGAGUGGGCGAAGCCUGUAACCCAGCUGUGGCAGUGUCGGCCAUAUAACCCCCAGGCAGAGUGGGAAUAUAACAAAAACAUGGGCCAGAAGGCUCCUUACUGCUCCAUCUGUCUGCUCUUCUACACUUACCAUCAGUCGGAGUUGAGCAGUGAUGGCUCCAAUCUGAUCCUGGAGAACCGUCCAGGUGGCCAUCAGUGGUCCAGACCGCUCAUCCCAGAGAUGUGCUUCAACACCCAGUCAAGCAAGACCAGUGAUAGUGGGGAGGGACAGCUGUCCAAUCCUCAUGUGGCGGAGGACGGAACGAGCCGUCUGGUCAGCUGUGCUCAGUGCUGCGUCCGUGUGCACACAAGUUGCUAUGGUGUGUCUGGAGACGAAGCAGAGCUGGAUGACUGGCUGUGUGCCCGCUGUGAGGCUGGUGCCAUCACCGAGGACUGCUCUCUGUGUUCCCUGAGAGGUGGAGCUCUGCAGAGAGCCAACAAUGACAAAUGGGUCCAUGUGCUGUGUGCCAUCACCGUGCUGGAAGCUCGCUUCGUCAACAUCACAGAGCGGAACCCCAUCGACCUCUCGGCCAUCCCACUGCCACGCUUCAGACUGAAAUGCGCCUACUGCAGGAAACGGAUGAAGAGAGAGGUGAAGGGCUGCUGUGUCCAGUGUUCCCAUGGCCGCUGCUCCACGGCGUUCCAUCCCACCUGCGCUCAGGCAGCCGGGAUCCUCAUGCACCCGGACGACUGGCCGUUCGUAGUCUUCAUCACCUGCCACAGACACAGAGCGCCUGUCAUACCCGAGCGUAACAAGACCUCCAUGAGGGAGCUGUUGGUGGGCCAGAAGGUGAUCUGCAAACAUAAAAAUGGGCGUUACUACCACAGCGACGUGGUGGAGCUGACCACAGCCACCUUCUACGAAGUGGUGUUUGACGACGGCUCGUACAGCGACAAUCUCUUCCCAGAGGACAUCGAGAACCGGGACUGUGUCCACCUCGGCCCGCCUUCUGAAGGCGACGCCGUUCAAGUGAGAUGGACGGAUGGGUUGAUAUACGGAGCCAAGUUUGUGACAUCGCACUCCAUCCCCAUGUACCUGGUGGAGUUUGAAGAUGGAUCCCAGAUCUCAGUGAAGAGAGAAGACAUCUACGGUCUGGAUGAGGAUUUGCCCAAACGAGUCAAGUCCCGUUUGUCGGUGGCGUCGGACAUGCGCUUCCAGCUCUUCACGCAGAACGACAUCAAGCAGAACUCCAAACGGCAGCGGGUCAUCAACUCCCGCUACAGAGAGGACUUCAUCGAGCCGGUCAUCUACAGAGCCAUCAUGGAGUGAUGGCGUCUCUAUGGAGAGCUCCGGCUCGUUAUUCCUGCUGAUAGGAAGCCCCUCCCACCUCCACCUUGCUCCUCCCUGUUCUUCCGAAGCCUCUCAGGCUCCACAUAUAACCCACGGCUGGGACUUCAGGUUGUUAGAUCCAUGUUUCCCGUCAGCUUCUCUGUUCUCUUCCCUCCUUCUGUCCUUUUUUCAGGAAGAAGCCAUCAGUGAGGUAUUAAACAUUAUUUUCAGGAAUUUUCCUCUAGAAAUGACCGACAGGUGUUUUUUUUUUUCUGACUUCAUGUCUUGUGACGCUUUUAAAGGAAAGUUACCACCGUUUGAAUUUAACUCAGCUGUCGCCUUCAUCGCCUCUGUCAUCCGGUCGACUCUGACCCCAAAGAAUCCACAUUUUCCCAGAUUAACAAGGAUUGUUUUAGUUGGAUUACGAGGCGUGAACAUGUUUUCUAGGCCUGAGCCUUACAAUCCACAGGGCCAAGCAAACUUUCCUUUUGGGUUUUCUUGGUUUAUUGUAACUAUUGUAAAUAAUAUUGCUACUUAAUUUAUGCAAGUGGAUGGAGUUUGAGAUGAAAGCUAUUUUUGUCAUGUCCUUUCCUCGACUUGUAGAAAAGCUGAGAUGUAUUUAUAUUUAUUAUGACGGUAGGUUGUUUUUUCCUUUGCUGAGAUCAGACAUGAUCAGACUCCAGAAAAGCACUUACCAUUUCUUCUCGUCGCAGGAUGGAAGACAAACUAGAUGGGUUGUGUUUUCAGUGAAAGAUAAAUGUAGAAAAGAUGGUUUCAGAUCCGUUUCCCAUGUUUAGCCUCUCCUGCGUAUUUUAGUCCUGUGUUCAUGACUGAUCUUUUAGUAGGUUAAGCUGUCCACACGCAUUUUUCUUUCUAUGCUUCUGGGUUGUUCUUUGUCUCCAUGGAAACAUUAAAUUCAUGCACUAUU